GAGCCACCGGAACCGUCUCCAUUCGUUCCGUCCGUAAAAUAUAAUUUACUUAUUAAUAAUAACGAGCUCCGCAAACGGGGAAUUGCGGUUCGUUUCAGACUGUUGCAUCUGUCCGCAUUAAGUCAGUGUUAUGACCCGUUAGAACGGAUGAUAGGGAAUAGUCAACGAUUAUUUAUGCACUAGUGACACUCUGAAAUUUUAUUCCCAUCGGGUUUUUCUUCCUCGUGUUUACGGAAGUUUGAGAGAUAUUUCGUCACAUUUCCAGGAGUUUACACGCAUGUGAGGUGAUGAGUGGUUGUGUGGCUCACUAGGGAUCAAUGGAGGAAGCCGGACGCACUCACGUGUCACUCGGAGCCUAUCACUGACAAUUGUUCAACGUUUUCUGCUGUUGAUAGAUAGAUAAUCAUCAUGGGUUCUGAGAGAAAGGGGACCUACAAGGUGGAGUACCUCCAGAAGAUCGAGCGAGAGGUGCAGGAGAAGUGGGAGGCUAAGAGGGUUCACGAGGAGGAUGCACCCAGCGCACCCAGGAAAUCCGGGAAUGAAAAGUUCAUGGCUACUUUUCCAUUUCCUUACAUGAAUGGACGACUUCAUCUCGGACACACGUUUUCGUUGUCGAAAUGCGAAUUCGCAGUCCGUUACAACCGCCUUCUCGGCAAGAAGGUCCUCUUCCCCUUCGGCCUGCACUGCACGGGAAUGCCCAUAAAAGCCUGCGCAGACAAGCUGAAACGCGAGCUGGAGCUGUACGGUUACCCCCCGCAAUUCCCCCAGGACGUGGAGACCUCGGAGGGCAUUCCCGACGACAUAAUAAUGAAGGACAAAUCGAAGGGGAAAAAGAGCAAAGCAGUCGCCAAGUCCUCCUCGGCGAAGUACCAGUGGCAGAUAAUGCAGUCCCUGGGUCUGCAGGACGCGGAGAUCCGCAACUUCGCUGAUGCCGCGUACUGGCUCGAGUACUUCCCUCCCCUGGCCGUCCAGGACCUCAAGUCCAUCGGUCUCCACGUCGACUGGCGCCGCACGUUCAUCACCACCGACGCCAACCCCUUCUUCGAUUCCUUCGUGAAGUGGCAGUUUCGCCACCUGAAAGCCAGGAACAAAGUGAAGUAUGGAAAGCGCUACACGAUCUUCUCCCCGAGGGACAAUCAGCCCUGCAUGGACCACGACAGAUCGUCGGGGGAAGGCGUCGGCCCUCAGGAGUACACCCUCAUCAAGAUGAGGGUCCUCGAACCCUUCCCUGGGAAACUAGCCACUUUGGAGGGGAAAAAGGUCUCUCUAGUCGCUGCAACCCUCCGCCCUGAAACGAUGUACGGCCAGACUAAUUGCUGGGUCCACCCGGACCUCCACUACAUCGCUUACACCCUUGCUAAUGGUGAGGUGUUCAUAUCGACGAGGAGGGCUGCUCGAAACAUGUCUUAUCAAGGAUUCACGAAGACUGAAGGUCAAGUAGACGUGGUGGUUGAACUGAGAGGCCAAGAGAUCCUGGGACUGCCCCUCAGUGCCCCCCUGACGAUUCACAAAGUCAUCUACACCCUCCCAAUGCUGACGAUAAAGGAGGACAAGGGAACUGGCAUCGUCACCUCAGUCCCCAGUGACUCCCCCGACGACUACGCAGCCCUAGUCGACCUCAAGAAGAAGCAGCCCUUCAGGGAAAAGUACGGAAUAAGGGACGAGAUGGUCCUCCCCUACGACCCUAUCCCCAUCCUCAAUAUCCCAGAGUUCGGAGAUCUCUCCGCAGUGACGGUCUACAAUCAGCUGAAGAUCCAGUCGCAGAACGACAGGGCCAAGCUGCUAGAGGCCAAGGAGAUGGUGUACCUCAAGGGUUUCUACGACGGAGUUCUCCUCGUUGGUGAGCACAAGGGGAAGAAGAUCCAGGACGUCAAGAAGCUGAUCCAGAAGGAGAUCAUUGACGAGCAGGGGGCUGUCAUCUACUACGAGCCAGAGAAGACCAUCAUCUCGAGGUCGAAUGACGAGUGCGUGGUGGCUCUCUGCAACCAGUGGUACCUGAAUUAUGGCGAGGAGGCCUGGAAGAAGGAGGCGGAGAAGUGUCUGGCCAGUCUCGAGACCUUCCACGACGAAGUGAGGAGGGGCUUCCAUGCCACCCUCGACUGGCUGCACGAGUACGCUUGCUCCAGGACUUAUGGCUUGGGGACCAAACUACCCUGGGACGACAACUGGCUCAUAGAGUCUCUGUCGGACUCCACUAUUUACAUGGCGUAUUACACGAUUGCUCAUCUUCUGCAAGGUGGAACCUUCAAGGGGGACAAGGGAAACAUUCUCAACAUAAAACCCGAGGAGAUGACCCCGGAAGUCUGGGACUACCUCUUCUUCAAGGACGCCAAGUUCCCCGAGACCUCCAUCAAGAAGGAAUCACUGGACUUGAUGAGGAGGGAGUUCCACUUCUGGUACCCGGUGGAUCUCAGGGUCUCCGGGAAGGACCUGAUCCAGAAUCACCUGACGUAUUACAUUUACAAUCACACUGCCAUUUGGCCGAAGGAGCCUGAGCUGUGGCCCCAGGGGAUCAGGGCAAAUGGCCACCUGAUGCUGAACUCUGCGAAGAUGUCGAAGUCUGACGGCAACUUCCUGACCCUUUCUGAGGCUGUGGGCAAGUUCUCGGCGGACGGGAUGAGACUGUGUCUGGCUGACGCUGGGGACUCGGUGGAGGACGCCAACUUCGUUGAGACAAUGGCAGACGCUGGGAUCCUUCGUCUGUUCACGUUUAUUGAGUGGGUCAAGGAGGUCCUGGGGAGCGAGGGGAACUUCAGGAAGGGCGAGCCCAAGACUGUCAAUGACAAAGUGUUCGUUAGUGAGAUGAAUUUGAAGAUCAAGGAGACUGGGGAGAACUUUGGCAAGAUGCUGUUCAAGGAGGCUUUGAGGACUGGCUUCUUCGAGCUUCAGGCUGCUAGGGACAAGUAUCUCCAGCUGAGUGCCCUUGAUGGGGUCCAUUGGGGACUCGUUAUGAAGUAUAUUGAACUCCAGACGGUUCUACUGGCGCCGAUUUGUCCCCAUGUUUGUGAGUACGUGAGGGAGAUCGUGGGACUGGGGAGUGUGCUGGAGGCCAGGUGGCCUGAAGUUGGACACAUUGAUGAGGUGCUCAUCAAGUCCUCUCAGUACCUAAUGGACGCCGCGCACUCCUUCCGAAUCCUCCUGAAAAAUCAUUUCACUGUGAAAAAGCCUGGAAAGGGAAAAACCGAAGUAGCUCCCGUUGAAAAACCGAAUUUCGGGACAAUCUGGGUGGCCAAGUCGUUCCCCACGUGGCAGAGUAUUGUCCUAACCACGAUGAAGGACCUCUGGGAGAAGAAUGGAAAAGCCAUGCCUGAGAAUAAAGUCAUUGCUGCUCAGCUGGGGACCAAGGGGGAACUGAAGAAGUACAUAAAGAGGGUGAUGCCCUUCGUGCAGACGACGAGGGAGAAGAUGGAUACCCUGGGGAUUGCUGCUCUCAACCUCACGCUGGACUUCGAUGAGGCGGAGGUGCUCAAGGGGAGCCUGGAGUACCUGAAGAGCACUCUCGAUCUGGACGAGGUGGAGGUCAAGUUCACGGAGGAGGCGCCUGAGAAGACCAGGGAGGAGUGCUGUCCUGGGGCUCCCUACAUGAGCUUUGCCAGCACUCCGGGGGUUUUCGUCACUGCUGCCAAUCCCCAGAAGUGCAGUGGGAUGUUCAGUAUGACUGUGAAAAUUGCGGAGGGAAAUACUGGGGCUGAUGUGGCGAGGAAAAUCGUCAAGGAUAAUAGGAGCAUCAAAGAUCCGUCCUCAGUUCUUCUCUACCGUUUCGAGGAUCCAGUCCUCGGCCCCAGGACAAUUCCCACAAGCCGGGACAUUCUGAAAGGAAAAGUCUUGAUCCCCUCAGACGCAGUAUUCUCCAUAAAUACUGACACAAACGCUAUCACUCUGAAAGUAGGAGAAUCCUCCUACGAGGUCGGGAGUGAUAUUUUGUAUUACGUCAAGGAAAACACAAACUAGUGACUCAUUUCAUCGUUUCACAGCAAAUAACAUCGUCAUCGUUAAUGAAAUUAAACUAUUUAUUUUCGAAAAAUACAAAAUGAUGCUGAUAAAUACGAUAAACAGAGUAUCAAUUA